CAAUUAAAUGUUGUCCAGUUACAGAUGCUCACAGGUGUCACUCUUUUCUUUGCAGAGAAAUAUGAGGGGAAAAGUGUCCUGAUGGUGACGGAUGCGUCGGGGCUCCCCCUGGGUUUUGAUGUGCUGGACAAAGUGUCGUCCCCCUGCAGUACAGACCUCGCUGAAGGGGACAGUGUAGAAGACAGGACUUUUUACAACAUUGUGACCCUGCUGCAGAGGUGCAUGGAUGCCCCAAUGGGGGGGGGGCUGCCACGCCAACCCUGAAGACUGAAGGUCAACGACGAGACCCUGCACAGGCUGCUGCGCGAUCACAUGCUCAAAAAGGGAGAGGAGAUGCUGGAUGAGGAGCUGUGUCCCCGGGCCCUCAGACUCUGUGAGCCCCCAGACCAGAUGGGCCCUUCAGCAGUCAGCCUGCGCUUGCCCCAGAUAAACUACUGUCAGAACUGCAAGAGACGCUCCUUCCCUAGCCGGCUGCAGGAGUGCCCCCGCUGUAAGGCAGUGUUUUUCUGUGGUGAGUGUUUCCUCUCAGAUGCCAAACACUGGUGUGCCAAACUGAGCCGUCACAUGAAGCAGGGAGCCCGGCUGGCAGAGCUGCCGUUCAGCUUCACUGCAGAAGUCACAUCUGAGGACUUCAGUUUGGAGGACUUCCUGUUCAAAAACAAACUGGUGAGCAGCUACUGGCUGCACUGGAGUCAGUUCACUGGAGUUGGUCACUCCGUCUGCGCAGACUCCUUCUGUGAUUGGCUGGAAGGUCACAGCCAUGCCUACCAGCCUCUCAAACAGGAAGCAGAAAUACUGAUGUGUGGACCAGACCCCAACAACACCACCAGUCCCAGUGAACCCCUCGUGUCGUGGCGUCAGUACUAUGAGUGGAGAGGCCUCAGUCUGAGCUCUGACGUGGCCCCCCUUCUCAGCUCCACCCUCUCCAUCUACUACAUCAUCACCUCCCUGCUGCCCAGGCAAUUUCCAGAGGAUCCACAUCAUCGAGUCCUACAGGGAGUCCCAAACUCUGGUCACCUUCUGGCCAGGGGGGGGCGUCAGAGUGAGUCUGCACCGCAGGAGCCCCCGCCCGACCUGGUCAUGUGUUUCCAGCCUGCCUUCCUGCAAAAUGACUCUUGGUUGAGCACUCUUCCAAAACUCCAGUCUCUGAGGGUCCCCACCUUCUUCUGUGAGAUGAGCGAGCUGCGAUGUGAGCGCAGUGAUCAGGUGAUGAGGGAGGCCACCGGGGGGACCGUGUCCCGACCCACCAUCAACUCUUUCCACUGCGGGAACGGAGGAGACAACCGGCUGCCACGAUAUUUCAACGGCUUUAUCUUCCACCUCAUGUACAAGCCUUCAGCCAAUCGGCAGCCGCCUGUGAUGGACACACCCCUCAGUGACCUGACCUCAGCCUCCCUGUCCCCGCAGCGCACCUUCAGAGAGAAGAAGGCCGAGCAGCACUGGGGCAGAGAGGGGGGAAAAGACAAAUGA